AUGGGUUUUGUAUCACUUCUUAAUAUUGACAUGGAUAGUACUUCGGGGUUACUUAACUACUAUCUCUUAGAUCAAUAUGAUCCACAAUGUAGUCGUCUAGUUCUAGAAAAUUUUGUGAUUACAAUUACCAAAGAGACGAUGCAUGAUAUGUUGGGGUUACCAAAGGAUGGGGAAGACUUCAUGAACAUGCCAAAUUGUGAAAAGGACAAUGAAAUUCUGCAAGAAUGGAAGAAUCAAUAUGAAAAAAGGGGUUUAAUGGUGAAGAAUACCCGAAGAGGAUCAAAAACACAAAGCAAGACAAUCUGA